AUGUCAUCCUCAACCCCUCAGCUCAUAAAAACAACGGCCAAAGUACCCCACCCAACUCCCGGCCCAACAAACCCACACACCAACGUCCUAACAAUCGAUACCCUAAUAAACAUCCUCUCCAAAUCCCUCCUCAACCCCUUCAUAGCCUGGAUUUCCGUACUCUGCCUGCGCGCACAGGUAACACCAUCAACAGACCCAGCCUGGAUUCUCACUGUCAGUUACGCAACGGCCCUGACAGUCCUUUUCAUCGCGCGGAUUAUCAACCAGCGCGCCGCCCACGGUGUCCCGCGCACAGUCGAUUUCGAGCAUGAAGUCGUGGUCAUCACCGGCGGGGCGAGUGGACUGGGUCAGUUGAUUGCGCAGAUGUAUAGUAUGCGCGGGGGGAGUGUCGCCGUACUGGAUAUUAAGAACAUUCCGGAAACAUGCAGCGAUGAGGUCUUUGGAGAAGGCGUUUUGUACAUUAAAUGUGAUGUCGCGGAGAGGGGCGCAUUGGAGGUUGCGAAAAAGAGGAUUUUGAAAGAGCUAGGAACACCGACGAUCGUCAUCAAUUGUGCCGCGGCCAGGAUCAACGGCCUCCCCUUGCUUGAUCUGCCAGCGGACGCAUUCGAAAUGACCAUCCGCACUAAUCUGCUGGCAGCUUUCCAUCUGUACCAAGUCUUCUUGCCUGGGAUCAUCGCAGCAGAAAAUGGAGGAACCCUUGUCACGGUCAGCUCUGUGCUGGGCCAGUUGGGUGCUGCGGGACUAUCAGACUAUGCAGCAAGUAAAGCCGGACUUAGCGCACUCCAUCGGACGAUAGAAGCAGAAACCAGGGGUAACCCGUUGGUCAAGACAUUGUUGGUGGAAGUUGGGCAGAUGUCGACGCCGUUGUUCGACUGGGUGCGUGCACCGAACCAGUUCUUUGCGCCAGUCUUGGAACCGGUCGAAGUAGCGCGGGAGAUGGUGACAGCGAUUGAUAGCGGUCGAGGUGGUGUGAUCAGAUUGCCUAUUUAUGCAAAGCUCGUGAAUUGGUACGCCGUGCUACCCGCCACGGUGCAACGGAUUGCGAGAUAUCUGAGUGGAAUAGAUGCUGCCGUGAUUCAAAGCCGGCAGACAUCUGACAAGACAGAUUGA